AUGGCGACAUUAGAGCAGGUGGUUGCGACUCUUCUAUCAAGACAGCAAGAAACCGCGGAGCAACAAAAACUGCUCUUGGAACGUUUAAUUGCUGUGACAGCAAAUUAUACCAAUGGACAAAAUGAGCGGGGCUCACCAACAAACAGUACAUUGGGCGGAUCAGAAGCUCUAAUGGAGACUCUUGCGAAGAGCAUACGUGAAUUCGCUUAUGACCCUGAGCAAGGUCAAACUUUUGCCAAAUGGUACGUGCGGUAUGAGGAUAAUUUUAAUGUGGAAGCUGCGUCACUGGAUGAUGCCGCAAAAGUGCGCUUGCUCCUAAGGAAGGUAAGCACGAAUGUGUUCGACAAAUAUCGGGACUAUAUUUUGCCUGCCCAGCCGCGUGAUAUCAAGUUCGAGGACACUAUUGCAACGCUAAAAAAACUUUUUGGGAAAAAGGAGUCACAGUUCAGUAUUAGGGUAAAAUGCAUACAGAAUGUGCGUAUGAAUGACGAAGAAGUUAUAACAUAUGCAGCGCGAGUCAAUAGGUUAUGUGAAAAUUUUAAUCUUCGGGAUUGUACGGGUAAUAAUUUUAAAUGUCUAAUGUUCGUUCACGGCAUGCAAUCGGCAUCUGACGAAGAUCUGCGCGCGAGACUUCUAUCUAUGCUGGACUCGGAAACUAGUGAAAGACCUUUAACAAUCGAUAAUUUAGUAGCAGAAAUACCGCGUAUUAAGAACUUAAAAAAUGAUGCACUCGUAUGUGCUAACCCAACGAAAGUUCAAGCGGUUUCAGAACACAAGCAAGCGAAAGUCGAUACUAAGGCAUUGCCAAGCAGACCUUGCUGGCAAUGUGGUCGUAUGCAUUUUGUUCGUGAGUGUAGCUUUACCAGCCAUAAAUGCACGCAAUGUGGUAAAGUGGGUCACAAAGAAGGUUAUUGUUCAUGCUUUUCGGAACGGAAACCGGCGAUGGCGAAACGUAACGAGACAAAGAAAAAGAGUAGGAAGCGGAAAUUUAUUAGAAGCGUAUUUACAGCGUGUGAAAAUGGUUCUCACAACCGUCGUUUUGUGACCAUAGAGAUUAAUGGCGUGGGUCUCCAACUCCAACACGAUACUGGUUCGGACGUAACCAUUAUUUCCACGCAGAAUUGGAAAAGAAUCGGCAGUCCUUCAUUGCGCUCAUGUCAGAAAUCAUUUCGUGAUGCUUCGGCAAAUCAAAUUUCGAUUGCUGGCGAAUUUGAGGCAGACAUUAGAAUACACGUCAUGCAGGAACGUUCAAACCAGCAGUAA